AUGUCAGCACCACCCGCUCCUGCGCCUUCGGCGGCGUCCAAGGCCAAGUCGAAGAAGAGGAAGGUGCAGGACGACUCGCAGCCGGCCCGCGCCAAGAAGCAAAAGGCCAGCAAGUACGACGAGGAUGAAGGACUGCUGGACCUUGAGGCAGGAGUGAACACGGCCUUCGUCAGGAUGGACCCUCAGCUCCUCGCAGACCACGUCGCCAGGCAGACAAAGCGGUUCGGCACGGACCUGAGCACCGUGGAGCUCAGUGACCUGUACAUCAGCGCGAAUGCCGUCAGGGACACGACCGACUUCACUCAGGUCAGAGUCAAGGAGAAUCUGCCAGGCUUUCUGGAGGAGUUUGCGGCAGGGCCAGGCGAGAAGGACGCCAAGGCCGUCGAGAAGGAGAAGAAGAGGCUAGGGGAUGCACCGCCCAAGGUCGGGGCACCUCACACCAUCAUCGUGGCAGGGGCAGGGCUGAGGGCAGCCGACCUGGUGCGGGCGACGAGGAAGUUCCAGAGGAAGGGGAAUGUGGUAUCAAAACUGUUUGCAAAACAUUUCAAGGUCGAAGAGCAGGUGCAGUUCCUCAAGAAGAGCAAGACCGGCAUCGCGGUAGGCACUCCCGCGCGCUUGGAGGCCCUUCUCGACAACGGCGCGCUGUCAAUCGAGCACCUGAAGCGCAUAGUGGUCGACGCCUCCCACAUUGACCAGAAGAAGAGGGGAAUCAUGGACAUGAAAGACACCAUGAUGCCUCUUGCCCGAUGGUUGACCAGGAAGGAGUUCAAGGAGAGAUACGCAGCCGAAGAGAAGCCCCUGGACCUUCUCUUCUUCUGA